CUCUCUCUCUCUAUCUCUCUUACAACACAGUACUAUCUCUACCUCUCUCUCUCUCUCUCUCUCCCCGACCUUUUGUACAGAAAUAUUUUUGCACUUAAAUGUAGUGCUGCUAUCAAUAAUCAUAAAUUGUGAUUUGGGAAACACCCAAAUCUUUAAGAGUGAUCCGUAACAGAAUUGCACUGGGAAAAAAGACCAAGUUCUUGGCUUUCCCCAUAGGGUUUUAUUUGCAUUUAAAACCCGUUUGAAAUUGGAUAGAGGAAAUUGUGGAGAAGAUGUGGGAUGAUAAGAAACCUCACUUUCUUGUGGGCUUCAAUCCUUCUUCCAGUUCUGAAGCACUGAAACUUCCAUUUAAAUUCAAAAAGCACAUUGAUGGAACAACACCAGGAACAGCAUUCUUAUUGGGUCCUAGUGGGAAUACCUGGUAUGCUAACUUAACCCAGCAAAACGAUGAUUUAUUCCUCCAAGAUGGAUGGGUAGCAUUUGUUAGGGAUCACUCCUUGGAAUCUGGUGACUCUUUGGUAUUCAGAUAUGAUGGCAAUUUGCACUUCACUGUGCAAGUUUUUGACAAAAGUUCAUGUGAGAAAGAAAGCACCUUCAGUUGUGAAUGCAGUCAAUCUCCAAGCAACUAUAAUUGCCGUUUAAUGAAGAAAAGAGACAGAGAGAAUUCAGCUUUAUUAGAUUGCAUUAUUGAAGGGAUUCCAAAGAGAGUGAGGACAUCUCAAGUUAAUACUCAAUGCAUAUCCACAAUUCAGGAACUUAAUAGAGAUUUAACUGAUAAGAACGAAUGCGCAGAAGAAGAGGCCGGUUACUUUAGUGAAAGGUGUCAAGAGCCAAACUUUCUCAAUCAAAUAGAGAAUGGUAGCUGCACUUUAAAGAACUCUGUCACCAUUGCUGUGCCAUCUGUAAGAAAUUCAGAAGCAACAACAGGUGAGAGGACAGGCAAGGAAGAUUUGCUGUUGUCAGCACCAGAAGCUGAGAGAGUGGCCCGAGCAUUUACUUCAUCUUUACCUUGUUUCAUGAAAGUCAUGAAAAGAUUCAAUAUAAGUGGUUCAUAUACUCUGAAUGUUCCAUAUCAGUUUGCCAUGGCACACCUUCCCAAAUGCAAAGUCAAGAUUGUGCUUCACAAUCUAAAAGGAGAGAGUUGGACUAUUAAUUCGAUCCCCACGACAAGAGUGCAAACAUCACAUACUUUCUGUGGAGGGUGGUUGGGCUUUGUUCGUGAUAACAAUAUAAAUGAGGGAGACAUAUGUAUCUUUGAACUUGUGCACAAGUGUGAGCUGCGAGUACACAUCGUACGGGUCAGAAGGGAGGGUGUCAAUGAUCGUAGUGAGAAUGAAGCUCAUAAAAUGAUGGUUAAUAGCUCUUUUGCCAUGCCAUUGAAAAUUUCGAGACGCAAGACAAUGAAAAUUAGUACAAAGCCUUGUAAUCUAUCUUUACAGCAGUUAAAAAAAUUUGAUAAGAAGGGACAUGAUCCAAUCAAAGUGAAAUGUGGCAAUGAGUCCAUAAGUGGCGAAUUAGUUUAUUCUGUUGAAAGUUUAACAGUGAUCUAUGAAACGAGCUCACAAGGCAGAUCGAGUUCUCAUACAAAGGGUUGCAUAUCAAUGAAGUCUGCACCUGAAGAAAAAUUAGCAGCAGAAUCAUUUCUUUCCAGUUUUCCUCAUUUUGUCAGAGUAAUGAAAAAGUUCAACGUCAGUGGAUCAUACACUCUGAAAAUCCCAUAUCAGUUCUCAAUGCAACACCUACCAAGCUGCAGAACCGAGGUAAUUUUACGUAAUUUGAAAGGCAAAUGCUGGACUGUAAAUUCUAUCCCAACUAUUAAGGUGCAAACUUUGCAUACUUUCUGUGGUGGUUGGAUGGCCUUUGUUCGUGAUAAUGACAUUCAAAUGGGAGAUAUCUGUAUCUUUGAGCUAAUAGGCAAGAAUGAAUUGCGUGUGCACAUAUCUGGAGUUGGUCAACAGGGGUCCGACUAUCAAAGUGGCAGAGUAGGGUCAAAUGCUGUUGUUCCUUGACAAGUAACCGUUUGCUGGUUCAAGGAAUGAGAAAGUUUUUCCUCUAGUAUUCUGGCUAAGGACCCGGUUCACGUUGAGAAGGCAAUAUUUGCCAAUUUUCAUGCUGACUGCUCAGUGAGAUAGCAGGAGUUUCUGUGCAUAAUUUUUGUUUUAGUAGCUGAGGGAAAUAUGCUGGAACCUCAAUCUGGUUUUACAUGCACCUGUAUCCUUUUGGGUUUUUCUUGUCCAUGUACCCCAGGAAUUUGCGCACUAUGAUUGAUUCUUGUAUCAGGCUCAAGAAAUUGCUCCUCACGUGUGGAUAUUCUGUUGCUGCUGUAAAUUGUAGAUAUCCUGCAAUCUGCUUAAAUUGCUGAUAAAUCUUGUUGUGAGAUCAGAAAAUGUAGAUGCAUUGUAAUAAGACGUUUAUGCAGAUGAGACGUUGCUUUAUGGUCUAAUUGGAAGUGCUAGUCCCAGAACAUUGUUAUGCACUGGCAUUCCGGGAUGCUAAUAGAAUCAGAGUGGCAAAAACUAAUGUUUUCAUGGAAGGUGGAUGUGCCCUCUAUCUUUGUGUUUUGACUGAAAAUGCAGUUUCUUCUAUCAGCAGUGUAGUUAAUUCUGUUAAACUUUCUUGGUCAUAUAAGCAACACUAGUUUGGUGAUGACUUGUGCUCCUGACACGAUGUUUUUGUAUAUAGAACACGAGAAGAAUUC